GUUUGUUGUGGUUUCUUGUUUGUUGGUUAGGGAUGGCUGUGACGGCGAUUGCAGCUGAUUUCGUUGUGCUUUAUAAAGACGUUUAUUCAGAAAUUCUCCUGUAAUUUUCAUGAAAUAUCAAGGCAAGCAGUACGGAGAAAGAUAUGGCUUCAAGUAACAAAAUGCGAGCUGCCCGUCUGUCUGGGCAACAAUUUGAGGUUCUUAUUGAAUUCAUGCAACAACAUCCACAUUUUGCUGUUGGACGGGCUUCUGGAGGCUCUUAUACCAAAGAAGAACACGAUCAACUCUGGAAAACAUUAGCAGCUAUUCUUAAUGAAACGCAGGGGCCAGUUAAACCUGUGUCAAAAUGGCAGAAGUGCUGGGUUGAUUUAAAAUCAAAUGCCAGAAGCCGAGCCAACAAGUGGAGGGCAAAAUUUUCGGAUAGCCCUCCAGAACCUUCUGGAGCUGUGUUUACUCCCUGGGAUGAACGUGUUCUUAGAUUACUCAAUAGCAUCAGUCUUGGAAACAAUGACAGUUCUCCUUUGCAGCUAGUGGAAGUUGGCUUUUCUGAUAAAGUUGUACCUUCACCCAAAGCACAAAGACUAAAUAAUCUACCCAUCCUAUCCAAAGAUGUAUACCAUAACCAUAACAAUAGAUCCCGAUAUGAUCUAGAUGCUGGACCUCAUGAUUUCAAUCUAAUGGAGACUUUAAAUAAGGCUGACCGAGCAUGCACUGCUGAGGUGAAAUCUGAGGAGGAAGAGUGGCUGGAAGAGGAAAAUGGGAUUUGCGAAGAAGAGUAUUCACUUGAUUCUAUGUCAGCGAGAAAUGAUUUAGAUUCUCAAGCAAUGAGGUAUUUGCCAACUCAUUAUGCUUCACCGUCCAUAAAUGAAACAGAGGAAUUGCCUGGUGGUGCUCAUUCUGUUAGAUCUAAUAAAAGAAAACUAGAGGACCAUAGUUCCACUAUGAAUGUGGAGGACUCUUUAGAAAGGCUUUCUAAAAAAAUUUGUGGAACAUUAGACAGAAUAGCUACUGCAGCUGAGGAAGCUAAUACACUCCAGCAACAGAUGGUUAAUGCCAUGAAUCGUUUAGCAACAACCUUUGAAGGGCUACUUCCUGUUGUGACCGAAGUUCUCUCAAAGAAAUAGGGUUUAGGCGUGUGGUAUGUAUCGAAUGACAUUUAUCCAUUGACCACUAACUUUAUUAUGAACCAGGUGUUUGUUCAUAAUCUCUAAUCAUCUCUAGUCGUUUGGCUGUUGAAUUACUAUUAUUAAAUUUUAAUUUCAAACUCCGGUGUUAAGUCAGCACUAGAGACUGGAGUUUGAUCAAUCUUAGUCAGAAAGAGGUAGUAAAGUACACACAUCUUUCAUGUUAAAAUAGGAUCUAGGUGAUAUGUGAUUUUGGUAUCUUUAGUGUGAUAGUAAUGUAAACACAUGAUUCCUCAAUUUGAUUCAUUCCAGUAUAUCCUAUCUCAAUAUUCUAGUUUUUGCAAAUAGCACGUUCAUGGCCGUAAAUGUUUGUUUAGAAGUCUGUGGCCAUUUGCAAUUGUUCUUCUUCUUUUCUUUUUUUUACUGUUUUACAAAUCUGGCCAUAUUUAAUCUUUUGGUUUUGGAGUUUGUGGCCACAUUCAAUCUUUUGUUUAGAUCACCUACAAAAUCUGAGAAAUGGGCUGAGACCAUGGCUAAUGUGUAAGGUAAAAAAAGGAGUGAAAAGAAAAGUUCAUAUUAAAAUCUUUAUGUAUUAAAAAAAAUCUGAAAUUUUUUCUAUAAAUAUAUUUACAAUAAAUAGUUAAAUAAAUAAAUAAAUAACCACAAAAGACA